CUCUUAUUUAGUUAACUUAAAUUUAUAAUUUUUGAAAAAUUUUUUGUUAUACAAUAUCUGCUGUAUUAAUCUUUACUCUAGCCAAUACAUUUUUUUCUUUGUAAACUCUUAUUAGUAUAGAUAACUGGACCAUAUUAAAAAUAUUUAUUCAUAUUAUAAUGAAAACUAAUAGAAUUACAAAAGUUUAAACCAUAAUGUACAGUUUUGAAGGUGAAUUUCGAAGAAAACCAGAACAAAAUUAUGCAGGUGCGAGUAUUCAUGAGCCUGUCAAUAAUUUAAUUCAAAGAGCUCGCUAUGAGAGGGAAAAAAGAGAAGAAGCAAGACGUGAACAACAACGUAUUAUUAAAGUACAAUCAUGUGUUCGAAGUUAUUUAACGAGAAAAAAGAUAAAACAUUGCUAUCGAAUUUUAUUUGAUAAUCAUGUAUCUGAAUUAAAAAAAACUCAGCCAUCUGAGCAGUUAUUAAGUGAUCUUGUGAAGAUUUUUGUUUUUUUUUAUAGUAAAGAAUUUGACUCACAGAGACUUUUAUGGUUAUCUCAGCAUAUAUUACGAAAUAGUUCAUCACUAUUGAAAUCAAGUUUAGAUAAAAAUAACUCAUGGUAUUGGCAUAUAAAAUGGAUUCUUUCAUUAAAUAUUGAUUUAUUAAACUCAACUAAUUUGGAAUCAUUUGCAACCUCUUUAAGAAUAAUUGAAGAAUUAACUUCAAUUGAAUCUUAUAAAAAUUUACUUGGUAGUGAUAAUGCUCAAGUUGCUUUGCGAGAUUUAUUCCAGUAUUUGGUGAAAAAAUGCUAUUUUGAUAGUUUACGUAAAAUUCUUGACACAAAAAUUCCUACGUUGUUUGAUGUAGAAGAUACGCCAGCUCCUCCAUUAGCCAGAAGUAUAUUGGAAUUUGUCAAACGACCAUUUUCUGUUCGUUCUUUGACAUUUUUGGAUGAAUACACUUCAACUGUGAUGGAUCAUUUUGUGAGGACAUUUUUAAAAGGGCCAAUUACUGAUAUAAACCAUAAAUUUAUAUUACCUAACUUAUCACAAGAGCAAAAUACAAUUGAUUAUGUUGGACCAGAUUUCAAACAAUUAGUUAUAUUUCUUACAAAUUCUCCUAUUCAAUAUCAACCCAACACAAAUUUAUUUUAUUCCUUAUUAAUUCUUGAACCUUAUUUUGACAAGUAUUCAUUUGUUAUUAAGUGCUUGAAAACUGGAAGAGAAGUAAAUGCAAUCAAUAACUACUUGGAUAUUUUAUCAUCAUUAACUAGUUGUUUAGCAGAACCUCCAGUAAUUGAUUAUUUGAACAAAGCUUGGAAACAUAGUAGUGCAAACCAAGAAGAUAGUUCAGAGGAUGAAUCAGAUGAAGAAGAAAAACCAUUUUGUGGUUACUUGGAGCAUGAGCUUCAGAUUUUAAAAAUGUGUUCAGAUCUUUUAAAUGAAUCAUUUAGAGUAAAUAGAAUAGUUGAUUCCAUUGGUGAAUCUUGUUCUUCAUCGUCAAUACAGUUUUUACUUGAACCUGUAUGCAAACUAUGCCAUUAUUUACUUAUGUCGCAUAAAUUAGCUGUUCAUAAAUACAGAUUGUUGUACACAUUAGCUUUAAAAGCAGAGUUUCUACAAAAUUUAUGGAAAACUAUUUUGACAACUGAACAGCAAUCAUUUUUUGGGCCUAGUUUAGUUACAACUAGCUUAGUAACUGUUAUAUCAAGAGGUACAAAUUUGGCUUCUGGUGAUUUUGACCGUAUUGUACCACUAUUAGCAACAUUUUGUUCAUUAUUUAGUUCUUUAAUAUCUACUCUUCACGAUGCAGAGUUUAAUAAAGCUGUUAGAAAAAAUUCUGAGGAAGGUACUCAAAAUCCUUUAAAAUUCACAGCAGCGGAUCUUAUUUCAAUAACAGCCAUUUUGAAAGAUGUUGCUUUAGGUCUAAUAGAAUUAGCUUAUCCUGAUACAAGACCUACAAUUAUUACAACUAAAUGUAAUAAUCGCAAUACUCAAACUUCAAUUUGGUCUCAUUUAUUAAGGGUAACAGUUGUCUUAUUAAGACAACUUCAUUCAAGAGAUUUACGUUGUAGAUUUUGCCCAGAAGGACAUUGGGUUUCUAAUCGUUUGACAAUGAAUUCUGCAUAUGAUAAACCAUCUAAUAUGCAAUUUGUACAGUAUUCUAGAAGGUCCCGAUUAAAUUAUAGACCUUUUAGAGGAAUUCCUGUUAUAUCAAUGGACAAUUUAGAUGAAGGUCCUCCUUUAACAACACGUCAAGUGCGUAUUUUAACAGUUUUGAGAGAAAUACCAUUUGUUUUACCAUUUGAAGAAAGAGUUGUAGUUUUUCAAGGCCUGUUAUUAAAUGAUAAAAUGCAAUAUCAAAAUACUGAUGCUCAUUUCAUGGCUGGACCAAAUAUUCACAUUACUAUAAGAAGAAAUUAUUUGUAUGAAGAUGCUUUUGAAAAAUUAUCAAUUGAAAAUGAACCAGAAAUAAGACAAACACUGCGAGUACACAUGAAAAGUGCAGCUGGAUUAGAUGAAGCUGGGGUAGAUGGUGGAGGUUUAUUAAGAGAAUUUUUAUCUGAGCUUCUUAAAACUGCUUUUGACCCUAAUCGAGGAUUUUUUCGAAUGACAAAUGACAACAUGUUGUAUCCAAAUCCAUAUGUACAUUUGAUUCAACAAAAUUUUGCUGCUCAUUAUUUUUUUAUUGGGAGAAUGCUAGGAAAAGCACUGUACGAAAACUUAUUGGUAGAAUUACCUUUAGCAGAAUUUUUCUUGUCAAAAAUUAUUGGCCGUCAAACUGAAGUAGAUGUUCAUCAUUUAGCAUCUCUAGAUCCUUUGAUGUACAGAAAUCUACUGUCAUUAAAAAACUAUGAUGGUGAUGUUGUAGAUCUUGGUUUAGAUUUUACCAUUGUAAUCGAUGAGUUUGGUCAAACUCGUGUUGAAGAUUUGAAACCGAAUGGUGCCAAUAUUACUGUAACUAAUCAAAAUCGUAUAGAAUAUAUUCAUUUAAUGGCUGAUUACAAACUAAAUGUUCAAAUAAGAAAACAAUGUUACUUUUUUAAACAAGGGUUAGCUAAUGUAAUUCCAUUAGAUUGGCUGCAUAUGUUUAGUAACCAUGAAGUUCAAGUUUUGAUAUCUGGUGCUGAAGUUCCAGUAGAUAUAGAAGAUUUAAAGUUACAUACUAAUUAUGUAGGAGGGUACACACCCGAAGAUCCUACCAUACAUUUAUUUUGGUCAGUUGUGAAUGAUUUUACUGAUGAGCAAAAAACAAAACUUUUGAAAUUUGUAACUAGUUGUUCUCGUCCACCCCUUUUAGGUUUUAAAGAAUUAUAUCCACCAUUUUGUAUUCAAAAAGUAAGCUCUUCUGACCGUUUACCAACUGCCAGCACUUGUAUGAAUCUUUUAAAAAUGCCAGUAUUCAAAGAUUAUGAAACACUGAAAAAUAAACUUUUGUAUGCAAUACAAUCUGGAGCCGGCUUUGAACUCAGUUAAUGGAAAUUUAAUUUUAUUAAAAGUUGAUGUUAAAAUUAUUGUAAAAAUAAAAUUUAAUGUGUAAUAAAUUUAAUGUAUACAAAUUUUAAGAAGACUCAGUACUUAAAAUUUUUAUUUAUUUUCUGAAUAUUCUAAAAAUGUAUUAUGCUAUAUUUUAUUAAAUGUUACAUUUUAGCAUUUUAAUAUUAAAUGGUAUUCUAGACU